AUGUACCACAAAGGAGCAAUCGAGGGUUACCCUCUUCAGACCUAUGCAUCCGCACUCCUGUUCAGUCCGACAGGUAGUCUGAUCAGACAGCUGUUCCAGCACGAAGAGCCAGAAGCAAUCAGUAUUAGGCCAGCUCUGAGCGAUGAGUGGAGCGCGUGCCUGCAGACGCUCGAGGGCCAUAGCAGUGUUGUCAGCUCGGUGGCCUUCUCGCACGACUCGACCCGGCUGGCGUCGGCGUCUGGCGACAGCACCGUCAAGAUGUGGGAUGCGAGCAGCGGCGCGUGUCUGCACACGCUCGAGGGGCAUAGCAGAUAUGUCAGCUCGGUGGCCUUCUCGCACGACUCGACCCGGCUGGCGUCGGCGUCCUACGACAGCACCGUCAAGAUGUGGGGUGCGAGCAGCGGCGCGUGUCUGCACACGCUCGAGGGCCAUAGCGAUUAUGUCAGCUCGGUGGCCUUCUCGCACGACUCGACCCGGCUGGCGUCGGCGUCUGGCGACAAGACCGUCAAGAUGUGGGAUGCGAGCAGCGGCGCGUGUCUGCACACGCUCGAGGGCCAUAGCAGUGUUGUCAGCUCGGUGGCCUUCUCGCACGACUCGACCCGGCUGGCGUCGGCGUCCUGGGACAGCACCGUCAAGAUGUGGGAUGCGAGCAGCGGCGCGUGUCUGCACACGCUCGAGGGCCAUAGCGAUUAUGUCAACUCUGUGGCCUUCUCGCACGACUCGACCCGGCUGGCGUCGGCGUCCCACGACAGCACCGUCAAGAUGUGGGAUGCGAGCAGCGGCGCGUGUCUGCACACGCUUGAGGGCCAUAGCGAUUCUGUCAGCUCGGUAGCCUUCUCGCACGACUCGACCCGGCUGGCGUCGGCGUCCCACGACAGCACCGUCAAGAUGUGGGAUGCGAGCAGCGGCGCGUGUCUGCAGACGCUCAAGGGCCAUAGCGAUUAUGUCAACUCUGUGGCCUUCUCGCACGACUCGACCCGGCUGGCGUCGGCGUCCUACGACAGCACCGUCAAGAUGUGGGAUGCGAGCAGCGGCGCGUGUCUGCACACGCUCGAGGGCCAUAGCAGAUAUGUCAGCUCGGUGGCCUUCUCGCACGACUCGACCCGGCUGGCGUCGGCGUCCGACGACAGCACCGUCAAGAUGUGGGAUACGAGCAGCGGCGCGUGUCUGCAGACGCUCGAGGGCCAUAGCAGUGUUGUCAGCUCGGUGGCCUUCUCGCACGACUCGACCCGGCUGGCGUCGGCGUCCUACGACAGCACCGUCAAGAUGUGGGAUGCGAGCAGCGGCGUGUGCCUGCACACGCUCGACGUUGGCAGAACUCUCCACGACUUGUCCUUUGAUCUCACUGGUUCUCGCCUCUACACUGAAAUAGGCACUAUCGACAUUCAGAGCCUAGAGACUUCUAGCAGGAUGGAUUUGGCAGAACCUGCGCGCCCUAUGUACCUAGGCACUGGUUUUAGCUCAGACGGCAUCUGGGUCCAGCAUGCUGGCAACAACAUGCUGUGGAUACCAUCUGAGUAUCGACCGUCGCAUUCGUCUGUGUGUGGGACUAUGGUUGGUGUGGGCGUUGGGUCUGGAAGAGUGUGGAUCUGUAGUGUAGACCUUUAG